UCGAGGAGCGCGCAGCCGACUGCCAUCCACACACACACACACUCAUAAGCACGCACGCACUCACUCGCGCGCGGAAUGCGGUGAGACUCUGAGCGCGGGACAGUGAUGGUGUCUCCGCGAGGAAUAUUCGCUCUACCGACAAUUUUACCUUUUUGACUUAAUCGUUCCGUUAAAAACCGUUUUAUAGAAAGCGAGUUAUAUCAAAUAAGCAGCAUUAUGAAGUAAAUAUGAAGAAAGUCAAGACCGGUUGAGAUGGAGUCGUGCUGAGGGUGUGUAAAUGAUGUUGACUAUUUGGCUCUUCGCUGAACCGUGCAUGAGAUCCUAUGGGAUCUACCUUGGUGUUCUUUGGAUAAACACCUCAAUGCCCAGCACCCAGGUAUCAAGCUAACACACUGAGCUUUCAUUGAUCAACUGUUUUCAAUGCCAUCAUGCCAAUAAUCAGCAAUGCCAACCAUGACUUCAGCAACCUCUCUGUCAGUGAUGACAGCAGCCUGGACCACAUCUUUACAGAGAUCCCAGAAACGGAGACCAUCAAGGGUGUGUACUACCAACAUGCCCAGUUUAUUCGCAGAUCAGAAGAUCUGCUUUCAGUGGAUCACGGCCUGCUGGCCCUCAUUAACGUUGGGGGCAAUCGUUACACUUUCCCCUGGAGCACACUUGAGCAGUUCCCCUUGACGCGGUUGGGACGUCUGAGACUCUGCAGCAGUCCUGAAGAGAUUGCCCGUGUUUGUGACGAUUACGAUGAGGCACGACGUGAAUUCUUUUUCGACCGUAGCCCCAGCGCAUUCCGAGUUAUCCUAAACUUUCUAGCAGCAGGAAAGCUACGUUUGUUACGGGAGAUGUGCGUUCUUUCGCUGCACGAUGAGCUAAACUAUUGGGGCGUGGAGAUGGCGUACAUGGAGCGUUGCUGUAAGCGCAAGAUGUACACGCGCAUUGAGGAGGUUGCGGAGCUUGAGCGACGGGAGGAGGAGCGGCGUCAAAGCAGGAUGCAACACCGGCCUCCUGUCGAGGAGACGGGUUACCACAAAUUCAUGAAUCGUCUGAGGGACAUGGUGGAGAACCCUCAGUCCGGCUUGCCAGGAAAGAUGUUUGCCUGUUUGUCUGUGUUGAUGGUGGCAGUGACGGUGGUUAGCCUGUGCAUAAGCACAAUGCCAGACCUUAGAGAGGAGGAGACUAGGGGCGUCUGCUCUCAGAAGUGUUACCACAUGUUCAUCAUAGAGACGGUGUGCGUGGCCUGGUUCUCCCUUGAGUUUCUACUACGUUUCGUGCAGGCACGCAGCAAGCUGGAGUUCAUCCGCGGGCCUCUGAACAUCAUCGACGUCAUGGCCAUCCUGCCCUACUACGUGUCAUUGGUUGUGGAUGAGGAGAACCCGAACGAGGACUCUAGACCUACGGGAAGCAAAGGAUACCUGGACAAACUAGGGCUGGUAUUGCGAAUCCUCCGUGCCCUUCGGAUUCUAUAUGUGAUGCGGCUGGCCCGCCACUCCCUGGGCUUGCAGACGCUGGGGCUGACGGUACGAAGGAGCACAAGAGAGUUCGGCCUCCUCCUGCUCUUCCUUUGUGUGGCUGUAACACUGUUCUCUCCGCUGGUGCACCUCGCGGAGAGUGAGCUGACUGGAGUGCAGGACUUCAGCAGCAUUCCCGCAUCUUACUGGUGGGCGAUCAUUUCCAUGACGACGGUGGGCUAUGGGGACAUGGUGCCCAGGAGCAUCCCAGGUCAGGUGGUGGCACUCAGCAGCAUCUUGAGCGGGAUCCUCAUCAUGGCCUUUCCGGCCACCUCCAUCUUCCACAUGUUUUCCCGUUCAUACCAGGAGCUCAAACAGGAGCACGACAGGCUGUUUAAGGAGGAGUGUGCGGCAGCCGCCGCAGCCGCUUCCGAGGGACAAGAAGAGGAGCAGGACAAAGGAUGGGUGGACUAUCCAGCUCCCAGACUAAUUCUCACCCCGGACACUGAGACGGCAGGUUCCAUUGAAGAUCUCUCUUUACUGGGGAAUGGACAUGAGACACCUGGGAACAACAAUUACUCUUUACCAGCUGGAGCCUUUUAAACGAUGCUGACGUUGUGCUGUACACUUGGACUGGAUUGCAUCAAAAAUUGUUCUUCCAGGCCCUGAAACUAAAGGAAAGGGUGUCAUUUCAAAGACAUCUCUGUCUAAACAAUGAAAACUUUCAAGGACCUUCACGAUUCGAGUGAAGCUUUUGUCUUCCAUCAGCCACAAGCUGACUACAUCUCAUUAAAGUAAUACUUCCCUCACAUUCUCGUUGUGGACUUAAAUGCCAUGUCGAAUUUAUCACUCAACCAAAAAUGAAUGAAAUAGAGGUAAAAAUGUUACAUACAGUAGUUAAACUUACUUUAUGCAGCCUUGUUCCAUGCUGUUAGAUGUACAGCAGUGAAAUUCUGUUUCCUUUUUAACAAAAUCCAAAGAUGGUAGACUGACGUAAUAAUUUUUUCAGGUUUCGUCUCCUGCAUUAUUUGGGACCGACAUGUAAUGUCCCUUGUACAGCUUCGAAUAAAAACAGCAGUAAUCUCCAA